AUGCAUCCUACCUCAGACAUACACACUUUACAACCACGACUUCACGGCGACCCUGCUCCUUCUCUCCCAACACCGACUUCAUCUCCUCUACUCCGCGACACUUGCUCUCCUCCUCCCGUACCGACUCUUCCGCUUACGGCUCUGACGCGUAAGCGGUCGCUGUUCGACGAGCCUGAGUUGAACAAGCGUAUCCGACCGGACAUAGCACAUUGCUUCCAGGCGGUGCAGAUGAGGGAUGAGGUCAAGGAUGUCCCUGUCCGAGAAGACGAUGAUGGCCUCCCUUAUGUUCUUGUGGAGGACAUCCUCGAUGCGUUUUCUGCCUAUGGAGAGGACUUCCUGCUUGAUGGCCAGCCUGUGCCACACUCUCCAAGGCGGAUUGCCUACCACCCGGGCCAGCUCUUGACCAUGUCUCCCUCCAACACCGCCGCCCUCGCUCCCUCGCCGCUGCAGACUCCUUUGAUGAUGACACGCAGUGUCAGCCCCGUCACCGAAGAAGUCCUCGUCAGCAUGUUCGACCGCGUGCACCAGGACCAGGACAUGCACACCGUCAUCCUCAAGGCAGAGGUUCACUCUAUCCAGGUCAAGCUCGAUCAGAUGGAGCACGCCCUCCUCGCUUCCAACGCCAAGAACGCCGAACUGCUCCAGCAAAUCUUCGAUCUCCACAGCACGCUCCAUGUACUCGUCAACCGCUUGAACGAGGUCCAGACCCUGACCUUAGACCACCUGGUCGCCCUUCAACAACAGGUCCAUGCGGUUUUCACACAGUCGUACGAGUUGCACGAGUACUCGUCCCCGCGGUUGUUUAUUGUCCUGCCCGAGGUUGACUACCAGGGCAACAACCCAUUGUCGAUCCUUUCGAGCCAUACCCAUCAAAAGUUCCGGUUGUACUUUCUCUGUGAGUGCGGACUUCAUACGCACCCAACAGGACCUAACCAGGCGAACUAUGUCCAUGUCGCUCGCCAUGAAGGGUAUGAGAUCACCCGCCCUAACGAGUUCUUCCGCAAGUAUGGACACCGAACCUUGCAGAUGCUCCGGAUCCUCAAGGGUGGAUUAACUGUUGCCGGGAUGGUCAUCCCUGCCUUGAAGACUAUUGCUGCCAUUGAUCUUCCUGGCGGCAUACUCAAGGAUUUGGACGCUCGAGUGACCGACUCAAUCCGUUACCUCGAUCAGUAUCAAAGCGGUCUCGACAAGAAUGCCCCCGGUAUGGACAAUGGUGGUGGUCUCACCAAUAAGGUCAAUGUGAGCCAGCUGGCGAGUUCCGUCCCCGCCACCGACGGAAGUCAAACCGUCAUCGACGCACUCUUUCAGGAGUCCUUUAUCCAGAUGGAAGGCGCUGAUCUUCGUCGUCUCCAGUCGUUCUUGAAACGUAAGGAUCAGGAUGGCGCUCACGGCAACCUCUUCCGAACUGUGGACGCACAGGGCCAUGUCCGCUGGAUCUGUCUCGACCACUACCGCGCGACCUACCACCAACGACAGGACCGCGAGUUUGAGAACGAGAUCACGUUAAACCGGGGCGUCUACGACAAACACCUGGGAAUUGUCAAAAUCACGCUGUCCUCUGGCGAGGCCUUUGACCGAUUCAUGGGCGCGAUGACUCGGGCUGGAGCUUUCAACGAGUUAGAAAUCAACCUCCGGAACUAUUCGUAUCAGGAACUCAAGAUGUUGGCCGAGUCCCUCAAGAAGACCAAUAUCUCAAAGUUGACCCUGACCUGUCACGAGUACCGCGAGAUUGCAUCCAUGGGCAAGAAGAAGCUCCUCGGGAUCCUCCGGAUGAUGACCGCAGGGAAAGUGAGGUACUUUCACUUCAAGGAUAUCAAGGACCUGAUCCCCAGUCGUGGUCUGACCAUCCCCAAGGAGCUGCCGUAUGUUCGAUCCCUGGAACUGACCGAGGUCUCGCUUAAGGACGGUCAUGAGCUGCUUGGUGACUUGUUGAGUGUGUGUACCAACUUGUCGAUCUUGCGCUUGACCGACAUCUCCCUCAAGUCCACCCGCCUGGUCUCGGUGUUAAAGGGUCUCCUUGGUUGCCGGCAAUUGACCGUUUUGUCGCUUCGCAACUGUGACAUCUCAGAGGCCCAUUCAGCGAUCCUUGCAUGCCACCUUGAACGGUACGCAUCGUUGAAGGAGCUCGACCUUGGUCACAACUACUUGGACGAUGCGGGAUGUUGUGCCAUUAUCGAAGCCGUCGGUGAUCGUCUUGAAAGGCUUGCUCUGCCUUCCUCUGGAUUCGGAAAUGAGUCGGCCAUGGCAUUGGAUCGGGCCAUCAGCGGGAAGAACCUCAGGAGAUUGGAUAUUUCCGAGUCCGAGAACGAGCUGGACCUGGAGGCGAUGGAGAGGACUAUCCAUCUUGUGAGUCGACUCUCCUGUACCGAGUUGAUUUUGCCUAGGACUGCCUGGCCGUCGGACGAACCUUGCUCUAGGAUGGUUCGUGCGAUCGAUACAGGCAAACUGGAGCACCUGGAACUACAGAACGGAGGAUGCGGUGACCUGACCGCAGAAGCCCUUGCGAGUCUGUUCUCUCAACCAGACGGGCGCUGCAGCGCGCUGUCGUGGUUCGAAGUCGAUUUGCGCCGUGCUACCUUUGCAGGAGCACAAGUAUUUGCCAGGUCGCUGAUUGACUGUCCACAUGCCAAGGUGUCCUUCAAUGGCUCCAUGCUCUUCAACAAGGCUGUCCUCAUCCCUGGUGACCUUCAGGGAGUAUUCACGAGUUUCUGUUCCCACUUGUCGAUCCUCCACCUGAAGGGCACCUGUAUGAACGACCAGGUGGUCUCGGUUCUCUGCAAGGCCCUCGAGGAGACAAGUUCCCUCAGUCGUCUCAAGUCUCUAGACGUCUCUGACAACGAGAUGACCGCCCAAGGAGGAAGCAAGCUUCUCGACUGCCUCGUCUACCAUCCGACCCUGUGCGCCCUUCGGAUGGAAAGUCCUUCCUUCACCCAGCUUGGAAGCAUGGGCCCCGCAGUCCAGCGAUUCCUCGAGGCGAACCGCACCCUAGCUCGCCUCUCAGUCUCACAUGUGAACCUCCGGGAACUCACCAUGGGUCUGAAUCGGAACGCUAGCAAGCUGCUGUCGAUCGAGGUACAUGCUCUGGACGGAGAUGCUGCCGACGAUAUCCUCGCCUUUGGAGAUUUCCUCCGGUCGAGCCACAACACCCUCUUGCGUCUGUCCGUCAAGCGCGCCAGGGUCUGUGACAACGAGCCGUCGUUGGAGCACCUAAGCCAGUGUUUGAAGCAGAACCAGACGCUCCUCGACCUUGAGUGGGAGUUUGACAAGGGCUAUUACGAUGCUAUCGAUACCCAUGUUCUGCAGCGCUACAUUGAUCGCAACCGGGAUCUGUGGCGCAGAAACGCUGGUGCUGCUGCCAAGGUCGAGGAUCUGGUCCUGACUGGGAUUGACCCUUGGACUAUGCGAGUCAUUGGUCGUAAUGCUGAGCAUUGA